AUGAAUAAUAUUAUUUCUCUAAUAGCAAAUCUUGAUUAUAAUAAUGAAAUAAGAUCGAAUCCAUUUGUUCAUAUUUUAUAUAGUGGAAAUCAAAAUGAUCUUUGUCAAAUGUUAAUUUCUGUUCGUCAAAUAUUAAAUAUAUUUGCUCAACAAAAUUUACAAUUAGAAAUUAAUAAUACAAAAUGGAACAAAGAUGGAAUUACUGUUGCUGGAGGAAAUUUUUCUCUUGAUACAGACGAUGAACUAAAUCAGCUAGCUCAUCCUUUAGGCUUAUGUCUUGAUGAUGAUCAAACAAUUUAUAUUGCUGAUAAUGGUAAUCACCGUAUCGUUGCAUGGAAAUCUAAUUCAAACACUGGGCAAAUUGUUGCAGGUGGAAAUCAAGAAGGCAGUGAAUUGAAUCAAUUGAGUUGGCCAACAGAUGUAAUUAUUGAUAAACAAAAUGAUUCUUUUAUCAUUUCUGAUCAAAUAAACAGGCGAGUGAUGCAAUGGCCUCGUCAAAAUAAUACCAAUGGACAAAUAAUUAUUUCGGAUAUUGAUUGUUAUGGAUUAGCAAUGGAUAAUGAUGGAUAUCUUUAUGUCUCUGAUACGGAGAAGAAUGAAGUUAAACGAUGGAAAAUAGGAGAGGAAAAUGGAACAGUCGUAGCGGGUGGAAAUGGAAAUGGAAAUGAUCUCAAUCAACUCAAUAAUCCUACUUUUAUCUUCGUUGAUCGAGAUAAUUCAUUGUAUGUAUCAGAUAGUGGCAAUCAUCGUGUAAUAAAAUGGACAAAAGAUGCAAAAGAAGGAAUUGUUGUUGCUGGUGGGAAGCAUAUGAGAAUAAGUUUAAAAGGAUUGUCUAAUCCUCGGGGAGUUGUUGUCGAUCAGUUGGGUCAAAUCUAUGUGGCAACCGGAAGACGUCAUGUGAUGUGUUGGAUUGAAGGAGAAAAAGAAGGAACUGAUGUUAUUGGUAUAAACUGUGGAGGAAACCUAUCCAAACCAUUAGGUGAACCUACAGGUUUAGCAUUUGAUCAAAAAGGCAAUCUUUAUGUUGCCGAUUCUGCUUUUGGUCGAAUUCUUAAAUUUGAAAUCAAUAACAAUUAA